AGUGGAUUAUUAUUGUUCUGAGUUGAAUUCUCGUAUUGUUGUCAAUUAUUUACAAUUUUCCAACGAAUUUCGUUCGAUCUGUUAUUCAAGAGGACCUGGACUGACCCACCACCGAAAUGAUUAACAGUCUGUUUAUCAUAAACUCCUCUGGAGAUGUUUUCAUGGAGAAACACUGGAAAAGUGCAGUCGCCAGAUCUCUCUGCGAUUAUUUCUUCGAUCAGCAGAGACGUGUACUCACUCCUGAGGACACUCCACCUGUCAUUGCUACACCCCAUCAUUAUUUGAUCAGCAUUUACAGAUGCAAUAUGUUUUUUGUUGCUGUAUGCACCACCGAAGUUCCACCUCUGUUUGUCAUCGAAUUCCUGCACAGAGUUGUCGAUACAUUCGAGGAUUACUUCAACGAAUGCACUGAGACGAUCAUUAAAGAAAAUUAUGUGGUCGUUUAUGAGUUGUUGGAUGAGAUGUUGGAUAAUGGCUUCCCUCUCGCCACUGAGUCCAACAUCCUGAAGGAACUCAUUAAACCACCUAAUAUUUUAAGGACUAUAGCCAAUACUGUCACUGGAAAAUCAAAUGUCAGCGCAAUUUUACCCAGUGGGCAAUUGUCUAAUGUUCCUUGGAGGAGAACUGGGGUGAAAUAUACGAAUAAUGAAGCCUAUUUCGAUGUUGUGGAGGAGGUUGAUGCAAUUAUCGAUAGAACUGGAGCGACAGUUACUGCGGAAAUUCAGGGAUACAUCGACUGCUGUAUUAAAUUGAGUGGAAUGCCUGAUUUGACAUUAUCUUUCAUGAAUCCGAGAUUAUUCGAUGACGUCAGCUUUCAUCCCUGUGUGAGAUUCAAGCGAUGGGAGUCUGAGAGAAUUUUAUCUUUCAUUCCACCUGAUGGCAAUUUUCGAUUGCUCUCGUAUCAUAUUGGCUCCCAGAGUAUCGUCGCAAUUCCAUUGUACGUUAGACAUAAUAUAAGUUUGAAAGAGCCUGGGGGUGGGAGACUCGAUAUCACAGUGGGACCAAAACAAACUGUUGGGAGAUCUGUGGAGAAUGUGACACUCGAGAUUCCCAUGCCCAAAAUUGUUCUCAAUUGUACUCUGGUGCCAAACCAAGGGAAAUACUCAUUCGAUCCUGUCAGCAAAGUGCUCUUCUGGGAUAUUGGGAGGAUAGAUGUAUCCAAAUUACCUAAUCUGCGCGGCUCGAUAACUAUCCAAAAUGGAGCGACUGCGUCGGAAUCAAAUCCAGCGAUAAAUGUACAUUUCACGAUAAAUCAGCUGGCUGUAUCAGGAUUGAAAGUAAAUGGACUGGAUAUGUACGGUGAAAAAUAUAAACCCUUCAAAGGGGUAAAAUACAUAACAAAAGCCGGAAGAUUCCAAAUAAGAAUGUGAUUUCUAGCAUCAAAAGUUGUAAAAAUAUUUCACAAAAUCACUCCGAGGACCUCUACAAAUUAUGAUAUCAAAGGAAUUUUUUUUCAUCGAAAACUCUUCCUCUCAUGACAAUUGUUCUGUUCCUCUCUGUCUUCUGUAUGAAUAAAUUGUUAAAG